AUGUCUGGCAACGAUAACCCCGGAAACUUCGCCAACCGCCCCAGGGAGGAGGUUCAGAACAUUGCUUCCAAGGGUGGACAGGCCAGUCAUAGCGGUGGCUUCGCCAGCCUUCCCAAGGAGCAGGUGCAGGAAAUUGCAUCCAAGGGUGGACAGGCCUCCAGUGGUUCCUUUGAGCCCGGAAGUGAGAAGGCUCGGGAGGCGGGCCGCAAGGGUGGUUCCAAGUAA